CGCACCAUGUCCACCGCCGACGCCGCCGUAAGCCCCUCAACCACCCGCGUGGGCUGGAUCGGCACCGGCGUCAUGGGCCAGUCCAUGUGCGGCCACCUCCUCAAAGCCGGCUACACUGUCACCGUCUUCAACCGCACCAUCUCCAAAGCCCAGCCCCUCCUCGACUUGGGCGCCAAGCUCGCCGACUCCCCACGCGCCGUCGCGUCCCAAUCCGACGUCGUCUUCACCAUCGUCGGUUACCCCUCCGACGUCUGCUCCGUCCUCCUCGACCCCACCUCCGGCGCCCUCUCCGGCCUCCGCCCCGGCGGCGUCCUCGUCGACAUGACCACCUCCGAGCCCUCCCUCGCCGUCGAGAUCUCCCAGUCCGCCGCUGCGAAAAACUGCUCCUCGAUCGACGCGCCCGUCACCGGCGGAGACGUCGGCGCGAAAAACGGAACCUUGGCGAUUCUCGCGGGCGGGGACGAGAGCGUCGUCAAGAAGUUAAUUCCCCUUUUUGCCCUCAUGGGUAAGGUUAGUUACAUGGGUGCCCCCGGGAAGGGCCAGUUUGCCAAGCUAGCAAACCAGACCAUCAUAUGUUCCACAAUGCUGGGACUAGUAGAGGGCAUGAUGUUUGCACACAAGUCUGGGCUGGAUGUUAGCUUGUUCCUGAAGGCAAUCUCGGUUGGUGCGGCCGGGUCUAGAUCGUUGGAUUUGUAUGGAGGGAGGAUUUUGAAGAGGGAUUUCGAGCCGGGGUUCUAUGUGAAUCACUUUGUGAAGGACUUGGGGAUUUGUUUGAAGGAGUGCCAGAACAUGGGGCUGGCUCUGCCGGGUUUGGCAUUGGCUCAGCAGCUUUACUUGUCCCUCAAGGCUCAUGGUGAAGGCAAUUUGGGCACCCAAGCACUCAUUUUGGCUCUGGAGCGCCUCAACAAUGUGUCACUUGAAGAACAACAAGCUGGUUCGACGAAGUAAUAAUGUUGUUGUGAGUUGGUAUUAUAGUUUCAAGUAGUGAAGCCUAGUUAUUACUGCUGCUUCUGAAUGCUAUGAUGUUUGCCUUUGUUUGUUCUAGAAUGGAAUGUUUUACUGAGUUUUAGUACCGGCUUUCUA